AUGGGCAAUGUCAACAUUUCAAAUGAUUUAAUGGAAUCAGCUGUGGAGGCGAUACUGAGCUAUAAAGAUCAUAAUAGACCAGAUGGUAGUGGAAUUUACACCUUUUGGCCACAAAUCUAUAACCAAACCAAAGGAAUUUAUACAAUCUUUCCUGUCAAUUUGUUGAAUUUGAUGAAUACAUUUGGUAGUUUUGAGAAUGCUGUAGACAAGGUUGCUCAGCUAUUCAAGUGGCACGGAAUAUUGGAAGAUAUGAAACUAAUUGCACAAAUGAUGGACACCUUCAAAGUUGCAUUUGAAAUUCCACCCGACAGUGAUGAUUCUGGUGUGAAUCUUGCACUUGGUUACCAACUCUCAACCAUAAAACACAUGUACCCACAAACAUAUCAGACCUGGCAAUUGGCCAAUCCCAACACAUCCAACGUUUUUUCAACCUAUCUCGAGUAUGCCUAUCGCCCAUUCACCAAUGAAUCCAGUGAUUCAAAUUCCAUUGACCCAAGAUCCUAUUUUAUGAUGCACGAGUUUUUGGAAUCCCUCUCAUCCGAUUUACAAGAUUCCUUCCUCCUCCCAACCACUUGGAUGAUGUCAAUCUCUGAGCAAAAACAAACAUUCCCCUACCUUCAAAUGCCUUUUAAUGUCAAUAAUAUCGACCUCAGCGUUUCUAUCAAUUCACUUUUUGGUAUUGCCUCUGCCACAAGACAAUACAUCCUAGAAAAUAAUGGUCAGCUCCCAGACUUUUUCACUCAAGAUAUUGAAAAUCUCUGUCAAAGCAUAGCCAGCACCGUCUCUUGGGCAAUCACAUCAGGUCGUGUCUAUAAUCGCACUGAUAUUACCCUUUUGUAUUACCCAUCGACAUAUGACUUUUCUUGGUUCAUCUCUCGUUUGGUGGCCCUCUUGCAAGAAUUCCAACAACCUCCAUCCAGUCUAGAGUAUGCUCUCGAUACUCUUCUCGAAUCACUUCAAGGGCCAGUAACUGACCAUCUCUUACAAGCGGCCAUGUCAGAAACGGUUGGACAAAAAACAUAUUACUUUUGGGACGAUUUCCUUGGCGAUGCUGACACUGAUUUAAUAGGUCAAAAGGUUCUAAAUGGCGACGAUAGACUAUUCAGUACUAGUUUGGCGGUGAUGACAUUAAUCGAUACUUGGACUACUCGUAGUGGAAACAGCAAUACAUGGUUGGCCAAUACCCCCACACUGAUUAAAACCAUGGUCGAUGGCGCUAUUGAUUUUAUCAACGACCGUGCGCUAAAAGACAAGGAACAAACAUACAAUGCAUUCUUCUCUGGGUCAAUGAAGGGGAGCUCGACCUACACUCUUGCUUAUCCAUCCAAUAGAUGCUUUUAUAUAAACGGUACAGAAUGUGACCCUCAUCUCAAUAAUCAAGAACAAUAUGCGAUUGUUUCACCCUUUUCAGGUGUUGUCGAUGCUUACACGUAUCAAGAUAUGAUUGGUCAACUCUGGGCAAAUACCAGUACUCCAACCACAUGGACUGGAUUCAACCCAGAAGCUUUUCCCUAUUGGUCUUCAACACCUCUAACCCAUGCAUUUUGCUUGUUAUCUCUUUCAAAAUACUUAAACUUUGAAUAA